GCUUGAACUGUUUGUACAUCGGAGCCACUUUGCAGAACCUGGCCCUCCUUUGUGUACUGAGGAAAGCGCCGCUCCCUUGCCCAGGUUGUUCAUUGUUGACUGAAUUAACAACAGGUGGUGAACAGAGCCCCUCCUAAGGUUGCCCAGGAUAAGUCAUUUAUUAAAUAGGUCUGUUUGUCAGGCGGGCUCUCCUAAGGAAAUGCUGUACCUGAGCCCGGAAGCCGGGGCCUCUAACCCCUGGGGCUGAUUUCUUCAGUGAGGUUGCACCCUGCAAAGGGAAUAUGGCCAAAGUGGCACUCACCUGAGGAGUCAGGGCAGGUGGUUAGAAAGCCAUGCGUUCUGCGUUUGUCUGGAAUGGAUUGUGGAGAGAUGGACUUAUAUGAGGACUACCAGUCCCCGUUUGAUUUUGAUACAGGAGUGAACAAAAGCUAUCUCUACUUGUCUCCUAGUGGAAAUUCAUCUCCACCCGGAUCACCUACUCUGCAGAAAUUUGGUCUGCUGAGAACAGACCCAGUCCCUGAGGAAGGAGAAGAUGUUGCUGCCACAAUCAGUACUACAGAGACCCUAUCAGAAGAGGAGCGAGAAGAGCUAAGAAGAGAACUUGCAAAGGUAGAAGAAGAAAUCCAGACUCUGUCUCAAGUGUUAGCAGCGAAAGAGAAGCACCUAGCAGAGAUCAAGCGGAAACUUGGAAUCAGUUCACUGCAGGAGCUAAAACAGAACAUUGCCAAAGGGUGGCAAGAUGUGACAGCAACAUCUGCAUACAAGAAGACAUCAGAAACCUUGACUCAGGCUGGACAGAAGGCUUCAGCUGCUUUUUCAUCUGUUGGCUCCGUCAUCACCAAAAAGCUGGAAGAUGUAAAAUUGCAAGCCUUUUCACAUUCCUUUAGUAUACGCUCCAUUCAACAUUCAAUUAGCAUGCCUGCUAUGAGAAACUCCCCAACUUUCAAAUCCUUUGAAGAAAAGGUUGAAAACUUAAAGUCCAAAGUAGGGGGAACCAAGCCUGCUGGCGGUGAUUUUGGAGAAGUCUUGAAUUCAGCUGCAAAUGCCAGUGCCACCGCCACGGAGCCUCUUCCAGAACCGACACAGGAGAGCCUGUGAGAUUCCUACCUUUGUUCUGCUACCCACUGCCAGAUGCUGCAAGCAAGAUCCAAGCACAUCUUGUCAACAUUCACUGUCAUGAAUUUCUACCAGAUGUGCUUUUAUUUAGCUUUACAUAUUCCUUUGACCAAAUAGUCUGUGGGUUAAACAAAAUGAAAAUAUCUUCACCUCUAUUCCUAGGAAACACCCUUUAAUGUGUAUUUAAGGCCCUUUAUUUAGGCAACACCAUUAUAAAAACACUUGUAGUACCUGGGGACACUCACUAGAAUGAUCUAAGAAGCUGCAGGUUGUCAUAGUCACUUUCUUACUUUACAAAAUUGCUCUAGAUCUGGGAUGCCAAUUUGGUCUUUGUCUUCUACAAGAUUUCCUUUUCUCUUUGAAUCUCUGUAUAUUUGAUUCCUAAUUAAAAUUGUUCUUUUACAUUUUCUGAAUCCUAGUUAUUAAAAAUUGGGGUAUAUUUUCUUUAUCUCUAAGGGAAGAGCUACCAGCUACAAAAAGAUAUUUUGGAGUAAACACUGUUUUGGUACAAGGUACAUAUCUUGGGUGUCUGAAGACACCAGACUAGCAUAAAUAGCUCUACAUCCAAUUUGUUACAUUUUUGUAAGUUACAGUGUGUAUAGUAAUCAAACUUGUAGGUGAUGAGAGUAGAACUCCUCUCUCAUCCAUCCUUAUCUCUAUUUAUGACAGUAACCAUUUCAGUGUAUUGGUUAUUAUGUCACUCAUAUCAACUUAUUUUUACCAGGUUAAAAUUCUAAUUUGAGUAAAUCGACAAAAUAACAUUCCGAAUCAAGCAUAUUGUAUUAUCAGUCGGUUGAAAUAUGAGCACUCUUGUCAAUUCAAACUGAAAGUUUUUUAGAUCUAGAUUGCUGUAAAAACACCAAAAUCAAUCACAUUAGGGGAAACAUUGCUGUCUUCAUUUAAUCCAUUUAGCACCAUUUGAAAUAAGCACACAAAGUUAUACGACUAAUAUAACUUGAGCAUUUUUUUAUACUAAGAGGUUGGUGGUAACUCCUGAGGUUGUAAUGCAUUAAUAAAAAUCAACUCAUCAUUUUUCUACUUAUUUUUUUUUUUAAUGUGUUAGAAUUGUAAAAGGAUACUGUAGAUACCGCCCCCGAUUUGAGAACUGAGUGUUGGGGCUGAGUGAAUCAUGGCCUCUGGACAAAUUUGCAUAGAGGCCAAGGUACUCAAUUCUAAUAGCUACUUACACAUCACCACCACUUUUUCCUUAUGCUGUAUAUGUUUAUGGCCUACAAUGUUGUAUUUAUUUAUCAAGUUGUGAUUGUUUUAUUAUUGUUUAUGCCAAAUGUUAAUUGCCAAGCUUGGAGUGACCUAAAGCAUUUUUUAAAAGCAUGGCUAGAUUUACUUCAGGAUAAAUUAUCUUAUGAAAACCAAAUUUGAAAAGCCACAAGUGUUGAUUGUUAUGAAAUAACAUGUUGCCAGUCUUGAUUGCUAGAGCUUUUGUUAGCAUUUUGGACGCAAUUAAAACUAUGCUCUAUUACAUGUGAAAAGCUUAAUAAAUUCUGUAUAUCAGUA